AGAAUGACAUUGUCGCAGGGGAAGUGAAAUAGGCUUGCGUUAAAGAAACCCAUGUUCCAAAUCACAGUACUCAUUUUCUCCCAGACGAAUGUUAGCUAGGUCUCAGUGUGUUUUUGUCUGAAUGACAGAGCAUGUGGAGAUGAUGGGGCUGCCAUGGUUGCUGGCACUUGAACUUGUGCUGCAUGCGGGAUCGUUCAUGUGUGGAGUGAUAACAGCUGCCUCGGUCACCAUCACACAGCGUCACUUUGCAGGACAGUGUAUCCUCUAUGGCAGUAUAUCGUUCAACACCACUGACCAGUCCUUGACAGUAGAAAGUUCCAGUUCUCCCUCAGUCUGCUAUUUUGUGUCAGCGAUUUCAGUGUGUGUGGCCAUUUAUUGCUUCUCCCUCAUCCUUUACUGGAUCUAUGCAAGCUGUGUGGAUGAUUAUGUAAAAAGGAGAAGUGUGGGUCUUAACGUGUCCCUAGGGCUGUGUGGAUUCCUCCUACUUUUUCUCUUGGUGUCAGGGUGUAUUCUGAAGAUUGGUAGAGACAGCCUAUGUCUCUCUGUCCUUUACAACAACUCCUUCAUCAGCAGUUGUAAGGAAGCACAGAAUAUGACAUGGUCGAGUCCCUACGAAGGGAGCGAAUUUUACACCAAACUGCACAGUGCUGAGAAAUCCGUGUGGGUGAGCUUCUUCUUCUGGCUGUUGGUUUUGGCAAUUGUGGUGGUGCAGAGACACCAGGCUCUUAAUGAGGAGCGCCAAUGGAGCUGUGAUGAGACUGAGCCCUUCCUCCGCCGUCCAGCUCGAAUCCUAUGAACUCCACCACAAAACCCAGAAGUUGGGAAAAUUGAGUUGGCUGAAUCCCCACCCUCAGUCAAACAUAAGGAAAUGGUUGCUCGAAAGGCCUAUUUAUAUAUUUUUUCAAAAGAUCUGUUAGUGAUCACAGAUCUAGUUAUAAGAUAGAAAGUAUUUAUAGUUUAAAAACUAAGUAAUGAAUAUUUGAUUAACAUUUUGGUAGGCACACUGUAUCAUCAAUAUUUUCCAGUCAACCCUAAAUUGAGCCU